CUGCAGUCGGCAGCACUUGGGCCUGGGCUCGGGGGUGAGGGGCUGCUGUGCUCUGGGUCUCCCGCCUGCUUGCCCACACAAGCGGGUGGCAGAGACCCGGGCCGGCCGCUGACGUCGGCCUUCAAGGCCCCAUCCCAGGCCGUCGCCAGGGGGCGGAGCCCGGGAGGCCGUCGCCCCGCCCCAUCCCCGCCCCUGCGCGCAGCGGGCCCGGGGCGCCGAGACCCGAGAGGAGCUCAGCACUCGGGCUCCGCGCCCCCGGCCCCGCGGUGGAACGCGGGGCUCGCCGAGUUUGCGCACGCCGCUGGUGGCGGGGUCUGGGCGGGUAUCCGUGCAGGGGCCCCGGCGGUCCCGGCCUGAGACCGUGGGCGGAAAAACCCUCCUGGAGUCCCCCCCCCCCCCAGCCAUGGACAGCCCUGGUCUUCGUGAGCUCCAGCAGCCUCUGUUGGCAGGCACAGGCUGUGAGCCCCCUGCCCAGAAGGCUGGCCAGCCUGAGCUGGGGCCUCUCUUAAGAGAGACAGCCUUUGUGGAGUCCCUGAGGGGUUGGCAGUUCAUACUUCCACCUCUUCCCUCCGUGAGCGCUGGCCUAGGGGAGCCAGGGCCCCCUGACGAUGAGGACACGUCAUCCAGUGACAGUGACUCGGACUGGGAUGGGGGUGACCACCUCUCCCCACUCCUCCCCCACGACCACCUUGGACUGGCUGUCUUCUCCAUGCUGUGCUGUUUCUGGCCCGUGGGCAUCGCUGCCUUCUGCCUGGCCCAGAAGACCAACAAGGCUUGGGCCAAGGGGGAUGUCCAGGGGGCAGGGGCCGCCUCCCGCCGCGCUUUCCUGCUGGGGGUCCUCGCCGUCGGGCUGGGCGUGUGCACGUACGCGGCUGCUCUGGUGACCCUGGCUGCCUACCUUGCCUCCCGAGACCCGCCCUAGCUGUGGCCCUGCGACCCCCCCUGUGAACCCAGAGCCGGGCAGCCAAGCGCAUCUGUGGGCAGAGAGUGGAGAAUCCAGGCGGAUGAGGCGGCAGCAGCAUCCGGAAACCGGAGCGAGCCUGACGACCCCCUUCCCUUCCUGACCGCUCACCAGGCGGCAGCAACGUGAGAUUAAACACCAGACACCCUUGCAGCCCAACCAGAGUCUGUCUGUGUGUGGGGGAGGGGUUGGGGGUGCCCGAGACCAGGACGGGACUGGCCCAGGUGACAGACAGUGGUGGCCAUUCCCAGUGUGCUCCGAGACCUGAGCUCGAGAACGGGGCCGAGGGUUUCCAAAUUUCUCUUUGAGCCUCACUUUUUCUCAUCUGCGAAACGGAGCCGAUUUUCUCCACACCUGGGGCUGUGGGGAGGGUUCAGCGCAUCACACGUGUAGUCGGCUGUUUGCUGUCUCCGAGCUCAUCUGACAGCAAGUUGGAGAAACUCGACCGAUUGCCGAAAGCAAACAAAAGAGAAGAAAACAGAGGUAGAUCUGGACUCGGGCUCAAAUGAGAUUAACAGUUUGCUCUCUCUGUCUCUUGGCCCUCUUUUCCUUUGCUGGCUUCAUUCGAUGCCAGUUCUCCUCUCUUGGGGAGAAAUAUGGCCCCAGGAGCUCAAGCAGCUUAAGUACUUCCAGAAAGUGUAAAUCCUCUUCCAGGUGGACUCUCAUCAGCCCUGCUUGGGGUGAGGGUAACCCAAAUGGCCUGAGAUCAGGAGGAAUAGAUCCUUAAAGAACCACUGAAGUACUGGCACCGGGCCAGAGGCACACAGGAAGUGCUUGCUAGCAUGCAGCAGGACAGGGGACCUGGCAGACAGGAAGACCCAUAGACAUCGCUGGCCUGCUGGAUCCACAGCCCUAUGGCUAGGCUGUAGGACAGGUAUUCUCUGCAGGAAGCUCACAGGUCCUUGGCUCCAGCCCAGUGAGUAUCCUGGAGGUUGGGCGAGGGGAGCAGUCAAAUGGCAACUAAACAUACCCUCCCUAUUUCCAAGUGCCCCUAGGGGGCGCUACCACCAGACUCAUCACCAACAAGGAGCCUCAACUGCAUUUCCAGGUGGACAUGCAAGGUCCAGAGCGUGCCGGAUGCUGGUGCUUCCCUGGGUGUGGUCUCAGUGGUCAGGGCUCUGGGGCAGGACCCCUCAGGUGGGACCCUUGCUCCAGUGCAGACAAGCUGGUGACCUCAGGCAGUGAACUGGCUUCUGAGCUCAUUGCCUCAUUAUAAAAUGGGGACUAUAGUAACAGCCCCACCUCCCAGGGCUGCUGGGUGGGAAAGGAAUGCUCAGAGCCAGAUUCCUCCCAGGGCCUACAAGGCCCUACCUGUGUGCUGUGACAUCCACUCCCUUGCCCUAACCCCUUCCUGCCCUUGCUCACCCUGCCCCAGCCACACUGGAUGCCUGGGUGGCCCUGCCCCACCUCAUCCAAGAGCUGGCUCCCUUUCCUCCUCCAGGCACCCACCCCCCACGUGCCCCUUCCUGGGAAGGUGUCCCUGGCUAAGGUACUGGGUUUGCCCUCUCCAAAUGAACUCUCCAGAACUCCUGGGCCCUGCUUUUUAAUUUUUUCACAGUAUGUGCCCCACUGCUCCUGAAACAUGGAUCUGGGUGUUUCUUAGCACCUAGCAGGGCCUCAUGCAAUGCGUGCUCCACACACAUUUGUUAGAAUGAAUGAAUUUACUGACUAAUCCAUCCAGUAAAUGUGAGUUCCUUUUAAUGUUGUCCCUGUAGGGGAGGUCUGUGCCCCCAGGCCCCGGAGCUGUCAGGGGCGAAGCUCUAUGGUCCCCUACCGGAGCCCGGGCAGCUGCAGAACCACACGCUGACACGAGCACACAGGGAGAGGAACAAGAGA